AUGACUUCCUGUUUAGAUUCAGUUCAUGCAUGAACGACACAGUUAGCUGCGCGCUCCUGCCUGCUGCCUGUCAGCGGCAUUGUCACGGGCUUCCGUGUCACAGCCGCGCUGAACACACCUAUUUAUCUUAUAGCCGAUAUAGCUAAAAAGCUAAGAAGAGAAAAGACUUUCCGUUAGCUAACGUAAGUCGUUUUAGAAUAAGAAAUAAUUCACGUACUAAACAAAGGCCUAGAAGUCUGAAGAACGGGGCAGAGUUCACUUAUCCUUCUGAAGAAAUGGCAGAAAUUGACCGGGCUCACUAUGAGAUCGAGUACACAGAGGGCAUCAGCCAGCGGAUGCGUAUCCCGGAGAAGCUGCAUGUGGCUCCCACUGCCUCCGAUGGCCUGGAGGGUGGGCCUGUGGAGGCCCGUCACAGCAUCCUGAUGCAGGUGCCAGAGCGAAUCCUGGUGGCAGGGGACAACCAGGAUUCCCAGUACCCCAGACCCAGGGACCUGGACCUGAUCCAGUCCACACCCCUGGAGUCGCUGGCACUGAAGACGCCCCCGCGAGUCCUCACCCUCAACGACCGGCCGCUGGACUUCCUGGAGACGGAGCGGUCUGGAGGAUCAGCCCAGCAGGGUGAAGAGGGGCGGGCUCAGGUUCGAGUACGGCGGGAACGGUCUGCAAGUGAGAACACCCUGAUGCAUCAGAACGGGCAGCUGACCAGAAAUGACCCACUGGGGACUGCACACCUGCGAGCCCCUCUCCGCCCCAUACCGGAGGACGGACACGGCGCUCGUAGCACACGCGGCGUUCUGUCCAUGAUCCAGUCCACCACCAGCCGCGCCUACCAGCAGGUCCUGGAGGUGCUGGAUGAGAACCACUGCAGCAAGCCAGUGCUGCGAGGGGGGGCCUUCAACCCUCUGCAUGAGUGCAGGCUUAGUCUCUCUAGUAUGGACACUUCUCAGGAAGGAAUUCCAGAUGACAUGGCUGCUGGAGAUGCAUCCUCCCUACGACGACAGAUCCUUAAGUUGAACCGACGACUGCAGCUGCUGGAGGAGGAAAAUAAGGAGCGCACCAAGCGGGAAAUGUUCAUGUACUCUAUCACCGUGGCCUUCUGGAUCAUCAACAGCUGGAUCUGGAUCCGCCGCUAGAGCCCCCCAGCAAGCCCGCGUCGGGCCAGCUGGACCGAACCACCUUGCCUCUGCCAAAACUACUGCUCUCAGCCCCGCCACCAGAGCGCAUCGUUGCACUAUGUACAAAAAGUGUUAGUCAGAUGGGUUUUCCUUUUUUUAUUGUAUGGUUAAAAAUGUUAAUCUUUUUUUCCUUUUUUAUUUCUUUUUUACAAUUUCAUGUUUUGCUUUUUCUCUGUGGUUUUAGGGACACGAAGGCAAAGCACAUUUCAGCUGUAAAUAUUCUUACACGAGUGUUCAUUGUAACAGAUUUUUUUCACUGUGUUCACCUGUCUCAUUUAUAAAUUUAAAAAAGCAAUCAUAGUAUUGAUUACAAUGGACAGCAUUGGAGGUCUACUGAUAUUUAUUUAGAUACUUGAGUGCAUGAUGCGCAAUAUCCUUACUGUUUGUUAGUAACACAGUUGCCAUGUGUGAUGCCGUCACCGUUUUUGUCCUCAUGUAUUUGAUUGUACUUGCAUAAUGCAUUUUAAUAUGCUAAGUAAGUAAAUCUGAACCUGCAGAUUACAUAUGUAUGAUCAAUGUCUCCCAGUCUAAGGAAUGCACAAGGCCUAUCCUCUUUCUGAAUUGUGAUACAUUUCAUUUACAUUUCCCCAUUACAGUGUACAUAAGAACGUGGCUAACAUCUAAAUGAAUGAAAAUAAAUUACGGAAUUAUUUGGAAAAACAA